AUGGGACGCCCAGCGCUGGGGGUUUCUUAUCUGGUGUGGCACCUGUGUGGAUUCUUAGGCGGCUAUCUCUCCAGCGAUCUGCUUCAGGGAUAUCAGGUGCAGCGGGAGCUCAGGGAGACCACCGUUGAAGAAGAAGAGGAGUCGCCUAGCUCCCCGGUGGAGCAACGAGCUUUGGCCCAGCAGCAAUUGGCUGCCUUGUUAGUACUGCAGCAUGCCGUCGACGAGGACUACGCGGUGGUAACUCCGGACCGGGACAUCUUUGUAGAGACUCUCUCUUUGGCCAAUGAUGAUCUCAGGGGAUUGCGCCUUUUGCCCAUUGGAGGCGCUAUGCCGGUGGGGCUCCGUGGGGGAUCUGUGUAUCGACUGCCUGCCCUCACAGCGGCCGACAUUGCUGGCUUCAAGGCACAGGCGGCCCCGGUGGUCGCGGCAGAGCUCGCCUUGAGGAUCGGCGGGGCGGCUGCGCCAGCCGCUCUCGUCGCUGCGGCCGCUGGUGCUGAUGGCGGCGCCGGUGGUGUGGCGGCACCGGUUGGAGCCGCUGAUCCGGAUGACUUGUGCUGGGUGGCCGCGGAGGCUGCCGGUGGCUAUAAGUUCGGGGACAUUGUUCAAGGAGUCAAUGUGGCGGCCGCUGAUGGCGCUAAGGCUGUGCACACGACAGCUCCGGGGGCAAGUUUGUUCGUCGCGUGCAUUCGUGGUCGUGAUCGAGAUGCUUUCCUUCGGCGCCCGGGGGGAUGGGAUCUUCGGACUGUCGAGCGAGUUGCAGAAGAGCUUGGUCGUUCUGAGGCCCCUUUGAAGGACGUUGUCAGCCAGUGCUCAGAGUCUCCUGUGCAGUGGGGUUUGUCAGGGCCGCGGACUGCCAGGUGGUGCCUCCAGUACCUCAUUGUCGAGGGGCUGGGGCUUGAGGGCCAUCACGAGAGGGUCAGACAGCUCUGCAAGGUUGACUCCUCUGCUUGGGGGAUUCAGGAACAUUGGCAGCUCAGCAACGUGAUCAAGCAUGCGCUUCAAACCGACCAGCUCAAUGGAUGCAACUUGCUCUCGCUGGAGGUCAUGUUCCGCCGGCUGCAGACCAUUGAGUACGCUUAUAGCGAAAAGGCCAAGGACAGUGAGAGCCGCGCGGUUGGGGGACGUCUCUCCCUGGAAGAGCAGCAGACCUUCGGGGGCACCACCCGACUUGCCUCUACACUCAUGGUGUGUCCGGAGCUUCUUGAACAUGUGAAAGCCGAGGUCGAACGGGAUGCUUCUUUGGCGAAGAAUCUCAGGAAGGCCCGCGAAGAACGUGAAUUAGCCCGCCGAAACGCCAAGAAGGGCGGCAAGGCGGGCGAUGACGGUCAUUUGGUGAAGGAGGCGAACUUGACUAUCGCUGCUCUUAAUUCAAUGUACCAGGCCCCUGCCGAGAAGGACAGCUACUUGCGGGGGUACACUUUUGAGGGGGCCUCUGAAGCUCAGCGGGAGGUCCAGGCUUUUGUCUAUGACGCCGUUGUUAACAUGGGCCAACCACCGGCCCUUUCUCACACAGGGGCGCUUCGGCUGCUCCGUGCGGCGGGCGGUUACACAGACGACCAGGCUGUGGGCACCGUCGCCGGCUAUGAUCCCGAGAAGGUCUCACUUCCAGAAGCAGGGUGGCAACCUAUUCCUCUUUCUGAUUUGUGGGGCCCAACCGGGCGGGAACGAGUUCGUGAUUUCGUUCAGCAUCAGCUUCUGCCUCCGGAUGAGGCACAGGAGCAGGUUGCAAAGCUUGGGCUGAAAAAGCUCUACAUGGAUCCUCGGCUGAAGGAUCGCAGGGUUUACACACGUUUUCUUCAGCGCAUGCAGGCGUCGCACCUCGUGGAUUUCUCUCUGAAAAAGCCCUGCGAGGAGGUCGCCGUCUUCUUCGUGACGAAGAAGGGAGACAGACUUCGGCUCAUAAUAGACGCUCGGAGGUCUAAUGCUCACUUCCGUCCUCCUCAGUCUGUCAGCCUGAGCACUGCUGAGAGUUUAGGGUCGCUUGAGCUCGAGGGUGGCAAAGAUUUAGUGGUUUGUCAAGCGGAUUUGAAGGAUGCUUUUUAUCACCUCGAGCUCCCCUUCCAGCUUCGCGAUUACUUUGGACUUCCUGGCGCCCGUGCAAAGGACCUCGGCAUCACCACCGUCGGCGGGGUCAGGAUCGAUCAGGACACCAUCGUUUACCCUCGCCUUUCAGUUGUGCCGAUGGGUUGGAGCCAUGCCCUUUACUUGUGCCAAAGCAUACACGAGUCCCUCGUUGAGCAGGCCGGCCUUGGUGACAGCAAUCGGCUGCGUGAUCGGCGUCGGGCACCCAACAGCCACUGUGCUCACACUCAGUACGUGGACAACCUUAUCGUCAUGGGCACCGCGGCGGCUGAGGUGAAAAGUCGGUUUUCUGCAGCGGUUCAGUCUUUGAAGAGUGCCGGGCUCCAAGUUCAUGAGGAGGAGACGUCAACAGGGGAUAGCACCGUGCUGGGCUGGGAGUACACCGCGGGUGGCCUUUUCAGGCCCACUCGAAAAAGGGCGUGGAAAGCCCGGUGUGCCAUCAGAGAGCUUCUUCGACGAGGCAGGGCUCGUGGGGAAGUGGUUGAACGACUGCUCGGCCACCUCACGUUCCUCAGUCUCUGCCGUCCGGAGGCUUUGUCGGUGUUUGGUGAGAUCUACAAGUUUGUCAAGGUGCAUCGUCGCUGCCCAGAGGAGGUCGUGAUCCCUAAAAGCGUCUUGCAGGAGCUUCGCAACUGGGAUGGGAUCCUGCCUUUGCUCUUCAAGGACCUCCGUUGCGAGUGGGCUGAAGGCUUGUCAGCUGUUGAUGCCUCCGAGUUCGGGCUCGGCAUGACACGGGCCGAGUGCUCGGCGCAGGAUGUGAAGAAACUGGGUGGGGUCGCUGAACGGUGGCGCUUCAAGGAGGCACUGCCCAACCCUCGGGCAGCGGCUUUCAACACAGUGACUAGCCAGUGCGAGGUGAUGCCGCCCUUCGCCUUCGACGAGGAUGUGGAAGAGGAUCGCCAUCACCAGCGGCGUGACGAUCCCCAGUUUUCUCCUGUGCCCUUUGAGGAUAUCGAUCGGGCUUGGACGACGACUGGGAUGCAUCGAUGGAGACGGCCUCUCACUCUUCCGGUCGCGGAGGCCCGGGCUGCAUUGUACGCCGUGAAGCAUUGUCUUCGAGCCAGUGGGAGUUUCGGUAAGAAGCAUGUUAUCCUUAGCGACUCGAUGACGGUAGCUGCACUUGCCCUUUGCACCGGCUCGCAGUUCUUCCUGAGGUGGAUCCCCUCUGAGAUGACAAGCUCCUCAGCCAUGCUACUGCGGGGGCUCCUGGGCAACAGUGCUCUGACCAUGGCCGACGGCAGCGCGGCCAAGAAAAGGAAGCGGGCCUCCCUCCAGCUGGAGACGGACACGAUCCCCAGAAAGCUGAAGAAGGAAAAGCGCAGGGCAGCGAGGCAAAGCAUGAAUCGGUCGUUGGAAAGCCACACCAUUCUGCAGCAGGCCUCCGUUUCUCCCGAUUGCCUAGCCAGGUACAAGAGACAUUGGGAGGAAAUGGAGCCAAUGAUGCUGGAUGGACGCGGGCGUCUGCGGCCCCUUGCAAGAAUCGACCAAGCCUUGGCCGAGCACCUGGAGGACCUUUACCGAGACGGGGAGGAUUUGGCCACGGUGCGGUAUGCUGUGGCAGCGGCGCUCUUCUUCAAACCGGAGCUCCGGUCGCCUGCAAUGACUCACCUUCCGAAGGUGAAGCAGGGCCUUGCUGGGUGGAGCAAGUUGUGCCCUCCCAGGAGUCGCUUGCCCAUACCGUAUGCAGUGGUGGCCUUGCUAGCGCUGCAUGCAUUGAGCUUGGGCCUUCUGGAAAUCGCGAUCUACCUGCUCCUGACCUUUUCGCUGUACAUGCGGCCAAGCGAGGGGCUCCGCCUCCGAAAGAAGGACGUGGUGCGGCCCAGCUCCCGACAAACGGGGUUUCAACACUGGUCGGUAGUGCUCCAUCCUUUGGAAGUCGGGGUGUGCUCAAAGACGCGGGAGUUCGACGAAUGCCUGCAGUUAGACCUGCCCUACCACCAACCAUUGGGACCGGCCACUUACAAGUUGCUGCGGCUACAUCAAAAGCGAGGGGAGGAGCACAUCUUCACCAUCACGCUGGAGAAUGUCACCCAGUUCCUCGAGCGGGCUCAGAUCGACCUCGAGCUCAAGGGCCUGGGCGAGCUGCAACCAUAUCGCUUGAGGCACGGUGGGGCCAGCCACGACUUCGUCGGCAAGCUGCGGGAUCUGGCAUCCAUCCAGAUGCGGGGGAGGUGGAGGUCCCAGAGCUCAGUGCGACGAUACCAAAAGGGAGGCCGGCUGACGCAGCUGAUGCAAACGUUACCGCUGCAUGUCAAGAAGGCCGCCGAAAACGCCGUUCGAAAGCUUCCGGCGGCACUUGCUGGCCUGCCGAAACGAGGUCUUCCGGGUCCACCCGUGUUCAUUGAGAUCUUUUGUGGCACUGCACGGUUAGCACAGAGUGACGAUUGCGAGGCGGCCAUCUUCGUGUCCCACACCGUUCUUUCAGUCGGGCUCGUGAUCACCCGCCAGGACCAAGGCCGCUACGGAGUGAUACUGCUCCUCUUGGUCUUCCAGGGCUUCCCACCAAGGAUUUUGACAAGGUACGCAUCGGUAACACAUUGA